UCUUGAGUGAACACGCCGGGCAGUGUUGCUUGGGCAGUGGGGAGGGGUGGACAUCGCUGUGUUGUGCUCCCGGUACCUUGACUGAGUGGCGGCGGUGAGGGUUGUGUUGUGGAGCCAGACAUGAGAGGGUUGUGAGGCAAGGCAGCAUCAUGUCUCCCUCGGUGUUCCUGGCGGCGUGGGUGUGCAUCGCCGUCACGUGCAGGUCGUCGGCACAGUAUUUAUCAGAGGACGGUGGCCCCAAUAAAGGUCUGUUCCCUCACGUAAUUAACCUGGCCACGGGGGCCCGGAUCACCACCAACGCCACCUGUGGAGAGGAUGGCCCUGAGGAGUACUGCAAGCUGACAGACCACUCGGGGAACAGGGCGCCUCAGUGUGGGGUAUGUGACGCCCUCUCGCCCGACACGUCCCGCAGACACCCAAUCACGAACGCUAUCGACGGCACGAACUCCUGGUGGCAGUCCCCGACACUCGCCGCCGGGAGACACUACGAAUGGGUGACUAUUACCAUCGAUCUCAAGCAGGUGUACCAGGUGGCCUACGUCAUCGUGAAGAGUGUCAUCUCCCCGCGUCCCGGUAACUGGGUGCUGGAGCGCUCCCUAGACGGCCGCAAGUUCCAACCGUGGCAAUAUUACGCCCUAUCUGACGCUGAGUGCUUGGCGGCCUUCGGAGUGCCCCCUACCCGUGGCCGCCCCACCUACACCUCCGACACUCAGGUCAUCUGCACCUCAUACUUCUCCAGACUGAACCCGCUUGAAGGAGGAGAGAUACACACGUCCCUGGUGAACGGGCCGGCCCGGAGCAUCUGGCCCGUCUGAUGCGCUGCGGGCUUUCACAGAGGCUCGAUACGUGAGGCUGAGGCUGCAGAAGAUACGAACACUGCACGGGGAUCUGCAGGGACGCCCAUCGCAGUCUGACGCUUCUGUGACCAAGCGUUACUUCUACUCCAUCAAGGACAUCAGCAUAGGAGGCAGGUGUGUGUGUAAUGGUCACGCCAACGACUGUGAGACGGACAGUCAG